AUGACCUCAGUCGCGUAUAUCUGGAGUGCUGAACUCCAGCGGGCGGCAGACAAGCUGCCCGCGAACGUUGGCCGGUCGAGCCUCGUGCAUGGCCUCGUCCGCGCUCUGGGCCUGCUCGAUAAUCCGCCUGACCAUCGCGACACUGUGAGGGAAGGUGUGGAUGGGCAAGGUGCGGGCAGCAACGGUGGACACAAUGAUGAGGCUUCGCGAGAUCCCGAGGUCACAUGGCUUUGUUCUGAGAGCGGACCGGGCGAAGGGAAGGAAGGUGGCGAUGUUGAAGACGAUGACGACGAAGACGAUGAAGACGACGAUGAGGAACUGACGGAUCCACCAAUACACGGCAUUCGCGUGGUCCCACCAGACCUCUCCUUCGCAACACCCACCGAGCUACGACGCUACCACGACCAGCGCUAUCUCGACUAUGUACUCCAGUCGUACUCUGGAGACAACUCAGACUCUGGUUCGAGCGCGGACGACGACGAUGACCGUCCGACGAAACGGCGCCGCGAAGCAAUGGGCCUGGAAGACGACUGUCCCCGUUUCCCCGCGUUGCGAGCUUACGUUCCCCUCGUCGCCGCAGGCACACUUACAGCCUGUCGCCUACUCGUACAGGGAACGGCGAAAAUGGCAAUUGUAUGGGACGGGGGACGGCACCAUGCCCUCCGCGCACGCGCUAGUGGAUUCUGCUACGUGGCCGACGCGGUGCUCGGUAUCCUCCUCCUCGCUCGAGAGGGCGUACCCCGUUCCCCUGGGUCUAAAAGACGGGCGCGAAUCCUUUACUUGGAUAUGGACUUGCAUUACGGCGACGGUGUCGCGACGGCCUUUACGUCUCCAACCCACUUCCCUUAUCCUCUAAGAGGACGGCCACGGGCCCCACAAGUCUUAACGCUGAGUGUCCAUCACCAGAGUCGGAUAUUCUUUCCUCCUGGCGCACCUGGUCUUACGCCAAGUGAUACGCCACACCCGUUCUCCUUGUCUCUUCCGCUCGCGGCGUUUGCCCAUCCCUCGACGUAUGCGCGGAUGUGGCGUUGCGUCGAGAUGGUUCACUCUGCAUGGGCACCAGAUUACAUCGUCCUCCAGCUCGGCGUCGAUGGGCUGCCGGGGGAUAGGAUUGGUCAGUGGGGGGCAUGGAGCCCGCACGGGGAAGGAGGGAGUACCUGGGUCGUUGAGCAGGUUAUGGCGUGGGGUGUACCCACUGCUGUACUUGGUGGAGGAGGGUAUGAGCAUGCGAAUGCGGCGCGGGCUUGGGCACUCGCCACGGCCGCAAUUGUGGGGACGGAUAUUGGGACGGAUACGGACGUGCCGGACCACGAGAGUAUCGAGGCUUACGCGCCCGCGUUUACACUCGAGGUGCCCGAAAGUAAUGUACCAGACGAGAAUACUGAGGAGGCGUUUGUGGAGGCCGAGCGGACGUAUGCCAUCUUGUCGGAGCGUAUCCGCGAGAUCGUCGCGCUGUAG